GGGAGCCCGCGCUGGCCUCGCGCACGACCAGGCCCUAGACCCGGAACCGCUGCCUGUAGGCUCCGGCAGGGAGACUAGCAAGCAACUGGCGGCUGCAGAGUGCAGAUAUCCUCUUCCCAGAGUUGGGAGAUAAGUUUCUGUACUUGAGUCCCUUUCCUCCAGCUGUGAAUCUAAGAUGUGAGUUCCAGGAUCCUCUUUUUCCACAAUGCUCUGCUGCUUGGUCCCUUCCUGCUGACCCUUGCCCCACCUCUGGCGCCAAGAGGAAGGAUGUGGAGGAAUGAGUGCCCCCCUGUUGGCUUUUAGAACAUGGGCACUUUUGUAAAGAUGCAGCUGUGAUCCUCAGCUGUGUGUCUCACCGAAGGGACCCGAUGUUUUACAUUAUUGGUGGGAUCACGGUAUCUGUUGUAGCCUUCUUCUUCACCAUUAAGUUCCUCUUUGAGCUUGCCGCACGUGUAGUCAGCUUCCUCCAGCAUGAGGACCGGGAGCGCCGAGGGGAGCGAACUAUUUAUGACUACGUGCGAGGCAACUAUUUGGACCCGCGCUCCUGCAAAGUCUCCUGGGAUUGGAAGGACCCCUAUGAGGUGGGCCACAGCAUGGCCUUCCGAGUGCAUUUAUUCUAUAAGAAUGGGCAGCCCUUCCCUGCUCAUCGGCCUGUGGGGCUGCGAGUUCAAAUCUGCCAUGUGGAGCUAGCAAUGGAUAUUCCUGUGACCCAGGAAGUCCUUCAGGAGCCCAAUUCCAAUGUGGUGAAAGUGGCCUUCACUGUGCGCAGGGCUGGGCGAUAUGAGAUUACCAUAAAGCUCGGCGGCUUGAAUGUGGCCUACAGCCCCUACUACAAAGUGUUUCAGCCAGGGAUGGUGGUUCCCUCCAAGACCAAAAUUGUCUGUCACUUCUCCACUCUGGUGCUGACGUGCAGGCAGCAGCACACCUUGCAGAUUGUCCCCAGGGAUGAGUAUGAUAAUCCCACCAGCAAUUCUGUCUCCCUGAUAGAUGAGCACAACUACAGCCUUUCCAUCCAUGAGCUGGGUCCCCAAGAGGAAGAGAGCUCUGGCGUUUUGUUUGAGAAAUCAGUGGUGUCCAAUCGGCAGACUUGCCAAGUGUUCCUGCGACUCACCCUGCACCGUAGAGGCUGUUUCCAUGCUUGCAUCUCCUACCAAACCCAGCCUAUUAGCAAUGGCGAUUUUGACAUUAUUGUCCUAAGUGAAAAUGAAAUGAACAUUGUAGAGCGCAAUGUGUCCACAUCAGGGGUCAGUAUCUACUUUGAGGCCUAUCUUUACAACUCUACUAGCUAUGCCAACAUGCAGUGGCACCUCCCGCCCACGCAUCUGACCUCCUCCCAGCGCCGUCCUUCUACUGCAACUGAGGAUGAGGAUGAAGACUCUCCAUCUGACAGCCAGACUCCUGAGAAAGUGAAGAAACCUAAAAAAGUGUAUUGCUACGUGUCACCCAAGCAAUUCUCAGUGAAGGAAUUCUACUUGAAGAUCAUUCCUUGGCGCCUCUUCACCUUCAGAGUGUGUCCUGGCACCAAGUUUUCUUACCAUGGGCCUGAUCCUGUGCACAAGCUGCUGACACUGGUGGUAGAUGAUGGGAUCCAGCCCCCUGUGGAGCUCAGCUGCAAGGAGAGGAACAUCUUGGCAGCCACUUUCAUUCGUUCUCUGCAUAAAAACAUAGGAGGCUCAGAGACCUUUCAGGACAAAGUGAACUUCUUCCAAAGGGAGUUGCGUCAAGUGCAUAUGAAGAGGCCUCACUCGAAGGUUACACUGAAGGUCAGCCGCCACGGCCUGCUGGAAUCUUCUCUGAAAGCAACACGGAAUUUUUCCAUUUCCGAUUGGAGCAAAAACUUUGAAGUGAUUUUCCAGGAUGAGGAAGCUCUGGACUGGGGAGGGCCCCGCAGAGAGUGGUUUGAGCUGAUCUGUAAGGCUUUAUUUGACACCACCAAUCAACUCUUUACCCGCUUCAGUGACAACAACCAGGCACUGGUGCAUCCCAACCCUGGCCGGCCCCCACAUCUACGGCUGAAGGUGUAUGAGUUUGCAGGCCGCCUGGUAGGGAAGUGUCUCUAUGAGUCAUCUCUGGGAGGAGCUUACAAGCAGCUGGUGCGAGCUCGUUUCACCAGAUCCUUUCUGGCUCAGAUCAUAGGACUGCGAAUGCAUUACAAGUAUUUUGAAACAGAUGACCCAGAAUUCUAUAAAUCCAAGGUUUGUUUCAUAUUGAACAAUGAUGUGAGUGAGAUGGAGCUCGUCUUCGCUGAGGAGAAAUACAACAAAUUGGGGCAGCUGGAGAAGGUGGUUGAGCUGGUAACUGGAGGGGCUCAGGUACUAGUAACCAAUGAAAAUAAAAUCUUCUACCUGAAUCUGCUUGCCCAAUACAGACUGGCCAAUCAGGUUAGAGAAGAGGUGGAUCACUUCCUGAAAGGUCUCAAUGAGCUGGUUCCUGAAAACCUCCUAGCUAUUUUUGAUGAGAAUGAGCUUGAGCUGCUGAUGUGUGGUACUGGAGACAUCAGUGUCUGUGAUUUUAAGGCUCAUGCUGUGCUGGUGGGAGGAUCCUGGCACUUCCGAGAAAAGGUCAUGAGGUGGUUUUGGACCGUGGUCUCCAGUUUCACGCAGGAGGAACUGGCCCGGCUGUUGCAGUUCACAACUGGUUCCUCUCAGCUGCCUCCGGGAGGGUUUGCUGCACUCUGUCCAUCUUUCCAGAUCAUCGCAGCUCCAACCCAUAGUACUUUGCCGACAGCCCACACCUGUUUUAACCAGCUGUGCCUCCCUACUUAUGACUCCUAUGAAGAGGUGCACAAGAUGCUGCAGCUGGCCAUCAGCGAAGGAUGUGAGGGCUUUGGCAUGCUGUGAUUCCCUUCCCCAUCCCAGCUUCCUGGCUCUUCAGGGCAAGGCGUAGCUCCAGUCCACUGCUCAUUCUUCCCUUCACAGAGCAAUGGAGAUAGAGCACAGACUCUGU